AUGAUGGCGGCCAAGAAGCACCGCCGGGAGGGCGAGAAGCUGGGCUCGAUCGCCGAGGACGACGGCGAGUCGCUCUUCGUGCUCACGCCCGACGACAACGAGGAGCACAAGUUUGCCGUGACGCAGACGCACCCGUUCGACGUCUCGCACGCCCAGCUUUUGCCCAACGUCUCGGACAUGGACAACCUGCACGAGGCGCCUCUGCUCGACCUGCUCCGGCGCCGCUACGAGCAGGACCUCAUCUACACGUUCACGGGCGACAUCCUCAUUAGCAUCAACCCGUACAAGAACAUCCCGCUCCUCUACAACUUUCCCGAAAUCGACUCGCUGAGCAAGCAAGAGAACCCGGCGCCGACUUGA